AUGUCAUAUGGAUAAAAUUUGUAAGUUUUCAAUCCCUAAAGAUUCAAAAAGAUUGAAAAAGAAAUGCAAUAGAAUAAGAAACGAUUAGAAGAAAGUAUCCUCAUUCUUGUUGAUGUUUUUUAGUGAGGUUAGAAGAGGAAUCCUAAAAUACUAGACUAUUAAAAGUAUAAUAGAAAGAAAGAACUGUCGAUUUAGAAUAUAAAGAUAGAAAGAAAAAGAUGGAAGAAACUUAAGAGUAAUUAGCUUUUGAGGCAUAGAAAUUUAAUGAUGAAUAAAAAAGAAUGAAUUAAGAUUUAGAAAGUUAGAAAGAUUCAGUUGUGAUGUUAAAUGAUCGUAAAAAAAGAUAAGAUGAUGAAAGGUAUGCUAAGGAAUAGAAAAUUACAUUAGCCAAGGAAUAAGAAAAGGCAUAAGCAUUAAAUGAAUUAGCUAAGUUAUAGUAAUCAAAAUUAAUGUAUUCCUAGAGAAGAAGUCAAUUAAUUAGAAGUUAGAAGAAAGAAUCAUUAAUAAUAUGAAUUAUUUUUUAAGAAAGUGAUAUCUAAAUCAAAAGAAUUGGAAACAGGUUAAAAUGAUGAUGAAAAUGCUAUAAAAGAAUUAAUUGAUCGUUAUGAAAGAUUAAAGAAGAAGGAAGAAGAAUUUAAAAAAGAUAGAGAAUUGAGAGAAAACUAAAAAGAUUAGAUUAAUUAAUAAUUUAAUGAAGUAUAUUAUAUCAUUUAAAUAAUAAGUUAAAUAGUAAAAUAUAAGCUGAAACCUAUGAAUUUAAUGCUAAAUAUAAUAAAUUGAAAUUAGCUAUUUAAUAAAUUAAUGAUGAAAAUGAUUAAAAACAUAAAGAAAUAGAAGGAACAUAAAAUUAAAAUGAAGCUACUUAAAAAGAAUAUAUAUAAGUUAUUCAUGGAAUCUAAAAUAUGAAAGAUAUUUUAAAAUAAAGAAAUAAAAUUGUUAAAAGGAUUCUAUUAUCUGGUAAAGAUAGUGAUAAUGUGACAGAACAAUAGAGAAAUAGGAAAAAAGAAAAAAAAAUAGAUAAUUAAAAAAUAGAAAAAUAUUUAAAUUUUAUAAAGGAUGAACUAUAAACAUUAUAAUAAUUUAAAUAAGAAUUUGAUAGAUUUUUAGCAAAGGAAAAAGAACGUGAUUGA